AUGGCACCAGCUACUGUGAUCAUCUUUGUUCCAGGUGCUUGGCACAGCCCAGAUUGCUUCGACACCGUUAUUGAGAAUCUCGGUAAAUCUGGCCACAGCACAGAUAAAGUUUAUCUAGCCUCUGUUGGUCCACAGACACACCUAUCCGGUUUUGGCGGCGAUGUAGAGGUCAUACGAUCACAUAUACUCCGCGCGGUUGACGCUGGUCUGAAUGUUGUGUUGGUAGCACAUUCAUAUGGUGGGAUACCAUCCAGCGAAGCCAUCAAAGGCCUCGAUUAUGAAACUCGGCAGAAGAACAGCGAACAGGGCGGGGUGGUACACCUUUUCUUCUGUUGCUCAUUUCUAAUCGACGAAGGACACUCCCUUUUUAGCACCAUGGGCGGUCGAGACCUCCCAUGGUACGACGUAACACAAGAUCGCCUCGAGGUUAACCCUUCCACGCCCGUAGAGACAUUUUACAAUGACAUGUCAGACGAUGCGUCUUGCAGAGCAGUCGCUCAGCUGAGGCCGCAUAGUUACCAAACAUUCUAUUCAAAAUGCACUUAUGCGGCAUGGAAGGUCGUGCCGAGCACUUAUCUUUAUUGCCUGAAAGACGCCGCCGUUCCAAUAUCUGUUCAGAAAACCAUGGUUGAAAACACUGCCAGCGGAUAUCCAAUUCGAACAGAAAAGGUCGAUGCCUCUCACAGCCCCUUUUUCAGUGUGCCAAACCGGUUGGCUGACGCAAUUCGUCGUGUAGUAGUUGAGGAAUGA